AUGCCAUGGUUGGAUACUUCAGCGCCUAUAGCGCUGACAUCUUCCUACUUUGUUUUUUUCCUGCGAAUAUACCAUGUUUGGUGUAUGAUCCUGGGACUUUUCAUGGCGCUCACUGUCGUCAUGCAGGUCACUUUGACCAUGUACAUUGACCUGAUGUCGAGUCGGUGGGUUUUCCCUUAUGGACCUGGACUGGCACUUGUGGCAGCAUGCCUAAAUUCAGUCUUGCUGCUGAUUGCUGGCACAAAGUUGUGCUACUCUGCAGUCUGGUUAAUGCAAGAUGCGUGGCGAGAGGAUUCCUUUCUGGCCUUCCGGUCCUUACUUUUGUUCCGACCCCUGCAGAGCCACUCUGGACUGCCGCUGAAAGAGAACAGAAGCUUUGAACGCAAGGAUUUGCUGUUGCAGCUUGCAAUUUGCGUGCCAUUGGACGUGCUGCCGCUGAUGUUUGGCCUUUGGGGCAAUACAACGUGCUUUGCAUGUUUGGCCUUGACGAGCUUCCUCGAAGUCUUUCUCUUUUGGUUCUUAGAGGUUGUCGAUGACUUUCUUUGUAAAAAGCGAGCGAUCCAGCAGCUGUUCUUGAGUGUGAGUGUUCCAGCCUUACAGCCAUGGCAAAGUUCAAGCAGCACACAGCUCGUCACCUCCACUCCACGCGUGCUGGAGGUGGCACACAGCUCUGAACCAUCCAGUUCAGAAAGAUCAGCGGGCUCGGUUCAACUGCAAGGGUGCGAGAUCAUACGAAGAUCAUUUCUUCUGCGUCCAUGGAAGCUCGUGGUGCUGCUUCUCGUGAUUUUCCUCAUGGCGCUAAUCUCAGGGACAGGCAUUUUGUUGGGCCUGGCUUUGGUUUCCAUUGCCUUGGCGGUGAGUCACGUGUACAGGUUGUGGGCCAAAGGAAAGUGGUCCUUCCUGAAGGUCCACAUUGAGAGUAUUCAACAUCGAGAAGAGAUUUGCGAGUCUGUUGACGAAGACUUCAUGGUCAUCAGACCCAUUUCCUGCUUGAACCAGACAGUGCCCACUGGCUACCAGAUUGUCAAUGAUGGCCUUCUUUACGAUGGACAGGUUCGUGACUGCCUAUCUCGAUACCCGGUCGGAGCCCGGAUCCACUUCCGCCAAGAGCCCUUGGGAAAAUGGUGCAGGUUCUUAGAGGCUCGGUGUGGUGGGAGCUCCCAGCAAAUGUUUGAAAAUGGGAUGGCUGUUCUUCUGGUAGGCCUUUUGGUUUGCUCCACUUUGCUCCAGGCUGGAUACAUCGCAACUGGCAUUUUGUGCACCGUCCUCUUGAUGAUUCAAAUAUCACCUGCUGUGUGUGCGGUUUUCCUACCACAGCUGGCACCGUACCUGCAUGGGGCAGUCUCCUUGGGUUGCGGUGUCAUGACAUUCUUUCUGAACUUUGUGGUCGCGCCUUGGAACAGCAUGACCUUUUGGCUCAUGCCCAUCCUGGCACUUGCAACCUAUUUCUUGCUGCUGCAGCGGCGCUUUCCGCACUUUCGAGCUGUCUCUGUAUCCCUGAUGAUGCUAGUAGCGCUUUUGCUUGCGCUCUUCCUUUUCUUGUCCAUCGCUUCCGCGUUGCAGCCCGUCACAUCUUAUCCACACCAGCAGGAGGUUGCAAAUUUCACCUUUCCUGCUGAAGGUGGCGCAAUGAAGGGGGUUUUGUUGGAUGGACAUGACUUCAAGGGACUUCAGGUGGCGCACAGAUGCAACAACAAACAAGUAGACACCUUUUGCCUAGUUGCAAUGGCCUCCAACCUGGCGAUGACCUCCAACCUAGUAGCGAUGGCCUCUAACCUAGUAGCGAUGGCCUCCAACCCAAUAGCGAUGGCAACCAACCUAGUAGCGAUUGCCUCCAACCUAGUAGUGAUGAUGGCCUCCAACGUAAUAGCAAUGGCCUUAUUUACAUGGUAG